CGUAGAAUCAUACCAAAGUAGUUAUGCAUAAAACUGUUCAUCGCAGAAUUGUCAAACACAGAAAUAUUUUGUUAAUUCUUACUGUAUGUCAUCACGAUCCUUUCUUUGUCGAAGGAUAGGCCUAUAUGUAACCCUAGGAAUGUCUUACUCUGAGAACCUUAUGCAAGGAAGCAGCUUUAUAAGUUUGUACUCUAUUUGGAUAUUCUCUUAAAAACCAUGCAGUGAUAAUUCUGAUCAGGAGUAAUCUUGUGAACUCAUUGAUAAGACCAAAAGGAUGGAGUAUGACCCCGUAAUCUGAUGGAAUCUAAUAACAAUGGCAAAAUGCUUCAAACUUAGACCGACUAAUAUACAGUGCUCCUAAUGAACAUAUUCCCAGUUUUGGUUGUUAGAGCGAUUGCUAGUGUUCCUUGUAUGCCGCUUGCAUCUAAUGUUUUACACCUGGCAUCAACUGGAUAUUUCUUUUUAUCGUGAAAGGCCAAUAGUUUCUUCUUCGUAACCGUUAACAUCUAUGCAAAAUGGCUCCAAUUAUUGGAGCUAGUUAUUUUCGUUUGCCUCGCCUAAUCGUGAUGUUAGUGGUGAUUGUAGGUCUCUCAGUCCUGCCGAUUUGUUUGUACAUUCCUGACAAGAUACCAUAUGAUGCAUUAGGCCCAUUCGCUAAAGUCCUCACCUACCUCGCUUAUGAUAUACCUGGAGUAGUUAAAAUAGCGUGGUAUGUUAUACUUGUAGUCCAUGCUAUGGAGGCUAUGUAUGCUUAUAUCUUAGCUGGACAAAUUGGUGUGGAAGGAUUUGCCCGGAUUGCCUGGUUUAUAUCUACUCUCUUUUUCGGAUUCACGUCACUCAAUUUACUGAAAGCUGCCAGGGAAAAGCCCUCCAAGCAUCGAGUGUGACGACCUUCCCCCGCCCCCCCCCCCUCCAAUGCCUGGUUUGGAAUUGAACCAGACUUUGAUAGAUAAGGGAGAAAUCUUCCUCUAAUAAAAUGGAAAGUGCAUUUACUUUUCCAUCGACCCGCUGCAACUUUUUUUCAUGAGACUUCAAACGGGAUCGAGGGGCGGUUUCACCUUUGGCUGGGUUCACCACUUGCACUCAAAGUUGAAACGAGUUUGUGUAUAAUAUUUGGGUCAUCAAUGUAUUAAUGUCAUAGCAUUGCUACCAGGAAUAUGGCCCUAUAACAUGUUUU